AAAAAAUCUCUGUAGAUCCAUCCAUGAAAAUUGAAAACAAGAGAUUGCAGCCGCUUUACUCGUUAGAGUCGCACUGAUCUCAACUGCCCGGAAAACGCAGACGAACUUGCUCAUCGACCGCCCAUCAGAAACAGAGGUAGUGUGAGUGAGCUGAUUCUUGUUAAUGGCUCAAUCCACCAAACUCUUUCACCGGUUCGACCACAUUAGGACUUUCGUCAAUGCGAGGGUUAAAUGGGUUCGAGAUGACUAUCUUGAUACUGCAGUCCUCAAAGAGAAAAAUCUCAAACACGUCAUUUCUCUUAAGAAUCAUAUCGUUUCGUCUCCAUCGAAAUCCUUAUCCCUUUACAAUGCUUCUAUGUUGAAAGCUUCGCUUAAUCUUCCUAUGAUAACUAUCAAACUAGUUGAGAAAUAUCAUCAUGUUUUUAUGCAAUUCCAACCGAGUCCUGGUCUUCCUCCACGCAUUAAGCUCACUGCUCAAGCUUUAGCGCUACAUAAAGAAGAAAUGGAAGUUCAUAAUUCGAGAACUAACCAGGAAGAUGCAGCUCAGAGGCUUGCAAGGCUCUUAAUGCUUGCUGGCAUGGCGAGAUUGCCGAUUUAUGUAAUCGAGAAGCUGAAAUGGGAUAUGGGUCUUCCUCAUGAUUAUGUUACUACCCUUUUGGCUUAUUACCCGGAUUAUUUCGAUGUUUGUGUUGUAGAAGAUCCGUUGUCUGGAAAAGAAGUGCUUGCUUUAGAACUUGUUUCGUGGAGAAAAGAACUUUCUGUGUCUGAGUUAGAGAAGAGGGUAAUGGGCUUUAACUAUGAUGCAGAUAAAAGAAGACAUGAUAUUCAAUUUCCCAUGUUUUUGCCUAAAAGUUUUGCUUUAGAGAAGAGGGUGAAGACUUGGGUUGAGGGUUGGCAAACAUUGCCUUACAUUUCUCCGUAUGAAAAUGCAUUUCAUCUUGACUCGAAUAGUGACCAGGCAGAGAAGUGGACAGUUGCAAUUUUGCAUGAGUUGCUAUCUCUUUUGGUGUCAAAGAAGACAGAAAGUGAGAAUUUGAUUUGUUAUGGAGAGUGUUUGGGGUUGGGCUCGAGAUUUAAGAAGGCCUUGGUUCAUCAUCCCGGUAUAUUUUACCUUUCUAAUAAAAUAAGGACUCAGACUGCUGUGCUUAGGGAGGCUUACAGAAAUGAAUUUCUUGUUAAGAAUCAUCCAGUGAUGGGUACGAGAUAUUGGUACAUUCACCUCAUGACCAAGGCGUAGAGCCGCAAUAAACUAGUUGAUUGAUUUAGAGGAUGAUGAUUAAAUUGAAGCAUAGCUUCUGAACCUGAAGUAGAUCAUAGUUCAAACUAUCUAACUUUAAUGAAACUUGAUUUCCAAAUUACUGGUUGUCGCAAUUGACAAAGUGAUUGUUAAGAUGAUUCCAUUGGAAAAUAUUGGCUGCAAGUUCAAGAGCUACUUUAUGAACGGAAUUUAUUAUGUUGCGUGUUGGAAAUUUUUGCCAGUUGCCAUUAUUUUAAAGUGUGGACAAAUGCAAUUGUGAUUCCGACUCCAAUAUAAAACCUUAUUAGUUGGUAGCAAAUCAUAGAGGAAUGGAUGUAUGUGCCUAAACAGCCAUUUGUCAAGAGUUGAUCAUCGACCAAUAAUUGUAGCCCCAAUAGUGGUUGAUCAUCGACCAAACAGUGGAAGCGAGUAACAUCCCCGUCUUUGAUUUUUGACACGGACAAAGAACCUGUUUUGCCCACUUUAAACAUCACCUUGUACAGAUUGAGGGCCUUUUUUUUUUUUAACAGAAAGAUUGAGGGGCUUAUAUCUUUCAUCCAUCACAUACUGAAGCAUUUUAUCGUUAGUUCCUCUUGUUUGGUUACAUAAUCAUAUAAAAGGGACUGUUCUCAAUAUCUCUUCGCAACCCACCUAUUACUUCGCAUGUGGCAAAAUUUGCACCCUAUGCAUUUUCUGCUAUUGAAAGGGAAAAUCAUAAUUUUCUUGAAGAAAAAAGUGUUCCAUCACCCAAGGGGAAUGAUAUUGUGAUAGUUAUACUAACUCAGUUAGAUACUGUUAUCUUUUUCUGAUAUCCGUUAUAAUUCUAGUUACUGAUAUCUAGAAGUUUCCCAGUCUGUUAAUGACUAUGAGAUGGUGUCAGAAUUGUUAGUACAAAUGCAUUGUAAUCUCUCUCUAUUAUUCAGAUUAUAAUAUAGGACUUAAGAUUCAAUUA